AUGGCUAGAGUUACAGAAUCACUCUGUUUUUGGAUGACGAUGCUUUCAGUACUUGUGGUCUCUUUGGUGCUAGCUCAAAAUGGUCAUAGAUUUGUGCACUACGACUUCAGGAACGCUGAUCUAUACAUAGAUGGAACGGCAAGUACCGAAGAUGGUCGACUGAGACUCACAGAUAGUUCAAAAAGAUCUACAGGGCAUGCUUUCCACCAAAAACCCAUACAUUUCAGAAACAUUUCCUCAUCUUUUUCUACAGAGUUUGUUUUUGCGAUCAUUCCAAAACAAAGAGAUAGCAACGGCCAAGGAAUGGCUUUUGUUGUUUCUCCAACCAUUGAUCUAAGGUAUGGCGCUUCAGGAUCAUAUCUAGGGAUAUUCAAUAAGACGAGUGAUAAUCAAACCAAAAACCAUAUUCUUGCUGUCGAGUUUGAUACUAAUCCAAGCUCUGAAGCUAUAAAUAUCAAUAGUAUAGUAUCCGUAAAAUCUGAAAACGCCAGUUACUAUGAUGAUACAACAAGGAGGAAUAUAACUCUGUUACUCGCUAGCAAACAAAGAAUUCAUGUCUGGAUAGACUAUGAUGCUGAGAAGAGAUUGCUAGUUGUAACUAUCGCUCCACUAAACACGGCUAAACCCAGCUCCCCUCUCUUGUCAUUACCCAUAGACCUUUCUAAAAUCUUCAAGGAGCAGAUGUAUUUCGGGUUCUCCGGUUCCACUGGUGUUAUCAGAAGUCAUCAGUAUAUCCUAGGAUGGGCGUUGGCAAUAGGCGAAAAAGCACAAAGCCUUGACAUUUCUAAAAUUUUGGAUCUCCCUCAACCAGCACCCUCUUCACCUGCACUCACCAAAGCUCAAGUGAUUACAAUCUCUAUCAUCUCUGUUUUAGUAUUUCUUAUGCUACCAAGUGGGAUCCUGUAUCACUACUUUAGAAAGAAGUACGCAGAGGUUUUUGAGCAGUGGGAACAACUGUUGUAA